AUGGCCAUCACUCCAAGCGAACUUCCCGGCCUCAUUUCUCAGUUGUCCGCUCUCGUCAACUCAAAUCGAGACGGGGCACCAACCCCGGAGAUGGAGCUCAUCGCGGAGAAGAUCCUAUACGCGACACGGCCGUACGGCAACGAUGCCAUGAACCGCAUCUACCCGUACGUCGAAAUCGUGACGAUCAGACUGUUCAUAGACUGGGGCGUUUUCGAGAACAUCCCUGACGAGGGAACCAUUUCAUACGCGCAACUGGCAAAGAGGGUGGAUGCCGAUGAGUCAAUUCUCAGACGCUAUGCAUGGAUUCUUGUGGCGCGGAACAUCCUCAUCCAGACGGGCGAGGAGCUGCUAUCUCACUCGGAGGUAUCAAAGAAGUACAUACCUGGCAAUCUGGAAGUGAAACUGGCCACGUUCUACUACGAUGAGAUGUUCCUCACAGCGGUGAAGAUGCCAGAGUACUACCGCCACUACGGACGCCGCGAGCCGACGCAGCAGAACCACACGCCGUACUCCUACGGCCACGGCGAGCCGGACAAGACGCUGUGGGAGAUCUGCCACAAGGAACCCGCGCGGUUGAAGCGCGUCAUGGACGCCAUGGACACGGUUACACACGGCCCGAUGAUCGGAAAGGAGUACGAUUUUAGCUGGCUCAAGGCGAAGAUCGCGGACCCGUUGCAGAAGGACAGGAUCCUGUUUGUGGACGUCGGCGCUGGGAAGGGGCAUAUUACCAAGGCGAUUCUGCAGGAGAACCCGUUCAUCCCUCGCGACCGCGUGGCGUUGGAGGAUCGGGACGAGGUUAUGAAGCAGGUUGCGGUGAAUCCUGAUCCGGGGCUUGCGGGGGUGAAGCUGCAGAGUCAUGAUUUUCACACGGAGCAGCCUAUCAAGAAUGCUUUCAUCUACUUCAUCUGCCGCUGUCUUCACAACUACAGCGACGAGGUGUCUGGGAAAAUGUUGAAUCAUCUCAGCCAGGCCAUGGGGUCGGACAGCAGGGUGCUGGUUGCGGAAAUGGUCAUGGAUGACCCGCCACAGCCGUUGCAGGCCAUGUAUGAUUUCACUAUGCUUGACAUUGGCGGGAAGGAGAGAACGGCGAAGAAUUGGGCUCAGAUGGCGGCCGGAGCGGGGUUCAAGGUGAAUAAGAUAUACGGUACAAGUAGAGAGAUGAAGGUUGUAGAACUGGUCAAAGCCUGA